ACCGCGUGCUCGGGCGCCGCUGCCCCGCUCCGCGCCCGCUCCGCGAUGGCUCCCGGAGUUACGGCGAUCCCGGCUGGACGCAGCUGAACGGCCGCCCCCGGGCGGGGGACCCGCUCGCACCUCGCAUGUCCGCGGCGCCCGGGAAGUCGGAUGUGUACGGCCUUCCUCCCCCUCCUCCUCUCCUCCAUGGCCGUCGUGCUCCGGCUUCUCGGCCUCUCUGGGAGCGCUCCGAGGCCGGCGGGCAGCAGCGGCAGCUCCGCACGUCGCGAUCGCCGUAGCGAGGCUCGGCGCGGCUGCUCCCAGUGACCGCGCCCCAGCCCGGCCAUGUACCCCCAGGGCCGGCACCCGGCUCCGCACCAGCCGGGCCAACCGGGCUUCAAAUUCACCGUGGCCGAGUCCUGCGACCGGAUCAAGGACGAGUUCCAGUUCCUGCAGGCCCAGUACCACAGCCUCAAAGUGGAGUAUGACAAGCUGGCGAACGAGAAGACCGAAAUGCAGCGCCAUUACGUUAUGUACUACGAAAUGUCGUACGGUUUGAAUAUUGAAAUGCACAAACAGACAGAAAUUGCUAAAAGACUGAACACGAUUUUAGCCCAGAUCAUGCCUUUUCUGUCACAAGAGCACCAACAGCAGGUGGCCCAGGCUGUUGAACGUGCCAAGCAAGUGACAAUGACGGAGUUGAAUGCUAUCAUCGGGGUACGUGGACUUCCCAAUCUGCCUCUCACCCAGCAGCAGCUCCAGGCCCAGCACCUGUCGCACGCCGCGCACGGCCCCCCGGUGCAGCUGCCUCCGCACCCCUCGGGGCUCCAGCCGCCCGGCAUCCCGCCCGUCACCGGCACCAGCUCGGGGCUGCUGGCCCUGGGCGCCCUGGGCAGCCAGGCACACCUGGCCGUCAAGGACGAGAAGAACCACCACGACCUGGACCACAGAGAGCGAGACUCAAGUGCAAAUAAUUCCGUGUCCCCCUCGGAGAGCCUGCGGGCCAGCGAGAAGCACCGGAGCUCCACGGACUACAGCAUCGACUCCAAGAAGAGGAAAGCGGAGGAGAAGGACAGCAUGAGCCGAUAUGACAGCGAUGGUGACAAGAGCGAUGACCUGGUGGUCGAUGUCUCCAAUGAGGACCCUGCCACCCCCCGGGUGAGCCCGGCCCAUUCCCCCCCGGAGAACGGCCUGGACAAAGCCCGCGGGCUGAAGAAGGGCGACGCUCCCAACAGCCCGGCCUCGGUGGCCUCCUCCAGCAGCACUCCCUCCUCCAAGACCAAGGACCUGGGCCACGUACGUCCCCUCUGGGGGUGCCUGGGGCAGGGUGUGGGUCCCAGCAGCUGGAGCUCACCCCUCCUUCUCCAUCCCUUCUCCCCCCAGAACGACAAAUCCUCCACGCCCGGCCUCAAGUCCAACACUCCGACGCCCAGGAACGACGCUCCCACCCCGGGCACCAGCAGCACCCCGGGGCUGCGGCCCAUGCCCGGCAAGCCCAGCGGCAUGGACCCCCUGGCCUCGGCCCUGCGGACGCCCAUCUCCAUCGCGGGCUCGUACGCGGCGCCCUUUGCCAUGAUGGGGCACCACGAGAUGAACGGGUCCCUGACGAGCCCCGGCGCCUACGCGGGGCUGCACAACCUCCCCCCGCAGAUGAGCGCGGCCGCCGCCGCCGCUGCCGCCUACGGCCGGUCACCAAUGGUUGGGUUUGACCCUCACCCACCCAUGCGAGCCCCAGGCCUGCCCUCCAGCCUGGCAUCCAUCCCCGGAGGGAAACCGGCGUACUCGUUCCACGUGAGCGCGGACGGGCAGAUGCAGCCGGUGCCGUUCCCGCACGACGCGCUGGCGGGGCCGGGCAUCCCGCGGCACGCGCGGCAGAUCAACACGCUGAGCCACGGCGAGGUGGUGUGUGCUGUCACCAUCAGCAACCCCACCCGCCACGUCUACACCGGCGGCAAGGGCUGCGUCAAGAUCUGGGACAUCAGCCAGCCCGGCAGCAAGAGCCCCAUCUCACAGCUGGACUGCCUGAACAGGGAUAACUACAUCCGCUCCUGCAAGCUGCUGCCGGACGGCCGCACGCUGAUCGUGGGGGGCGAGGCCAGCACUCUGACCAUCUGGGACCUGGCGUCGCCCACGCCGCGCAUCAAGGCCGAGCUGACGUCCUCGGCGCCCGCCUGCUACGCGCUGGCCAUCAGCCCCGACGCCAAGGUGUGCUUCUCGUGCUGCAGCGACGGCAACAUCGCCGUCUGGGACCUGCACAACCAGACCCUCGUCAGGCAAUUCCAAGGGCACACAGACGGGGCCAGCUGCAUAGACAUUUCCCAUGAUGGUACGAAGCUGUGGACGGGGGGCCUGGACAACACGGUGCGCUCCUGGGACCUGCGGGAAGGGCGGCAGCUGCAGCAGCACGACUUCACCUCCCAGAUCUUCUCCCUGGGAUACUGCCCGACGGGCGAGUGGCUGGCGGUGGGCAUGGAGAGCAGCAACGUGGAGGUGCUGCACCACACCAAGCCCGACAAGUACCAGCUGCACCUGCACGAGAGCUGCGUGCUCUCCCUCAAAUUCGCCUACUGCGGGAAGUGGUUUGUGAGCACUGGGAAGGACAACCUGCUCAACGCCUGGAGGACGCCCUACGGAGCCAGCAUCUUCCAGUCCAAGGAGUCCUCGUCCGUGCUGAGCUGUGACAUCUCAGCGGAUGACAAGUACAUCGUCACGGGCUCUGGGGACAAGAAGGCCACAGUCUACGAGGUCAUCUACUGAUCCUGGGAUGUGCAGCCCUCGGGAAUGCUCCGGGAAUGCCCAGGGGAGGCCCCGGGCCCGGCCCAGCUCCGCCCGGCACCCACCACACUCGGAUUUAUUUGGAGAUCUGCAACUCUGGCACACAUGGAAGCCCUAAACGGAUUUUUAUUUGGUUUUAAGGUUUUGGGGUUCCUUUUGAUUUUUUUUUUUUUUUUUUGAUUUUUUUUUUUUUUUUGGUUUUCCGGUUCUUUCCGUCUGGCUUUGGUGGCACUAUAAAGGACUCCUUUUUUUAUUGGGACUUUUUUUUUUGUGCAUCCUGCAUAAGACUUGUGAAAAAUGUAAAUACUGGACUAGGAAAUAGCGUGGGAAGGGGGGGACCCCUCCCAGUACACUUAGCUGUGUAUUUUUGUCUGCUGUAAUUGUAUUCCACUGAUGGUUUUGGUGGUGGCAAUUUUAUUCUGGGGGUUUUUUUGGUUGUUUUUUUUUUUUUCCCUUUUUUGUUUUUUGGGGUUUUUUUCCCCCUCCUUUUCCUUCCCCCCCCUCCGGAAGUGUCCAUGGGGACUUUGCCAUCCAGGCUGAGCAGAGAUGUCCACUGGUGAAAAGUUGUUCCUCCUGUCGUGCGUCGUGUGUUAGUGAUGGUGGGGAAUCGCUCGGAUCCUCAGCUACUGACGGGACAUCAACACAAUCACCUUGGGGUUUGUUUUUUAUAGAUGGAUUUAUGGAUUUAUCCUUAUUUUUCCUUUUCCGUGCUUGGAUGUUUGAAGAAAAGGGGAAGCCCACGCAAGCCCUUCUUGGUCUUCGGACAGAAGCAAAUGAGGAGUGAUUUCAAAGAAAGCUUAGAAAAUUCAGCUCAGGGAGCCACGAAAGAUAAUAGCAAACUUAUGUGUUUUGUAUUCAAAUGAAAGUAAAGAAUUAGAAUUGAUAACCUUGGAAAAAAAAAAAAGACAAAAAAAAAUACAGUUUUUUUUAAAAGCGAAAAGUUUACUAACAAGUAGGGUUUGUGUGUGGUGGGGGGCUGUUUGUGGUCCUUGUGGGCUUUAUGGUCUUGUGUCUUCUGGUUUUAUGGAGCAACUCCCUCCCCCCACAGGCCUUUUGUACUAAAGGGUUCCAAAAAGGACAAAAAAAAAAAAAAAAGAGACAAAAAAAAGAAAAACGAAGACCUAACGGGAAAAAAAUAAAAGUAUUUGUGUAGCAGAAGUGCUCACCUGUAUCGUAGCACACGGCAGAGGAUUUUUAUACCACAUUUUUAUGGAUUAUUUUUGGCGAGUUGGAUCUGGUCCAAAAGGUAAAAAAACAAA